AUGCCGCUCGUUGCUGACCGACCGUUCUCUCUGCGCUACAGUGCCACCGAUGCUACACCCAUCACCGACAUGUUUGCCGUGAGGGGAAUUCGAUCCAUGCUGACUGCCUUGGAGACGUUGCAAAAGACGGGUCAAGACGACAGCGAAACCAUGCUCGAUGCGCGCGCCGAUGCCUUGGAAGCUAGCUGGCUCUGCGGCACCACGUUGGGUGCGGUUCACAUGGGCCUCCACCACAAGCUGUGCCAUACCAUGGGCGGCAUGUUGAACACGCCUCACGCCGAGACCCACGCAAUUCUGUUGCCGUUCACGCUGCUGUACAACUAUGGCAGCUUGACCUCAGCACAGAAAGGAUGCUUCGGUCAGGCGUUCGAUACGCAAGAUGGCUUGACCAUCGCCCAGCGUCUACGCUCAGCAUUGACUAACCAGGCUGGCGUCCCGCUCACGCUGAAGGACAUUGGCGUGGCAGAGGAGGAUCUGCCCAAGGUGGCUGCACAAGCUGCUUCGGCUCCUUACCCCAAUCCUCGACCCUUGGUGGAGGAUAAGCUGUUGCUCAUGCUGCGCUGCGCCUGGCAGGGCACGUUGGAGAACGCUAUCCAAGAGUGA